CAAUCUCUGUCUUUGUCUGGACUGGUGGCUGUAGUUGCAGCUGCUCCGGCUGCUACUCAUGCCAGAGCUGCCGAUCCUUGCUACGUUACCUCAUACCCUGGCGUCGCUGCUGCUGUAUCUUCAUGCACCAACAUCACUCUCGACGGCAUUGCUGUACCUGGCAACACUACACUCGACUUGACAAAGCUCAAAGCUGGCACUACUGUUGCCUUUGCUGGAAAGACUACAUUCGCCUAUGCCGACGCAAAUUAUGACAUGAUCAAAGUCGCCGGCACCGAUGUUACAAUCACAGCUGACAAGAAUGCAAUCAUCGACGGCAAUGGUCAGGCUUGGUGGGAUGGUCUUGGGUCAAACGGAGGUGUGGCCAAGCCUAACCACUUCAUCACGGUCAGCAAGGCUAUUGGCAAGUCUGUGAUCAAGAACCUUGUCAUCCAAAACUAUCCUGUACACUGCUUUUCCAUCAGCGGUAGCAACGGACUGAUUGUGGAGAAUAUUUUCUUGAACAACACAGCCGGCGAGGCUCCUAACAGCAGAUCCAAUGGGCUCGCAGCUGCCCACAACACCGACGGUUUUGAUAUCUCUAGCACUGAUGGCAUGGUGUUGAGAGACUCAAGGGUGUUGAACCAGGACGAUUGCGUCGCGGUCACUAGUGGCAAUAACAUCACAGUUUCCAACAUGUACUGCGAUGGCGGCCACGGUCUCUCGAUCGGAAGUGUUGGUGGCAAGAGCAACAACAAUGUUACCAACAUCCUGUUCGAGAACAGCAAAGUGCUAAACAGCCAGAACGGCGCAAGAAUUAAGACCAACUCUGGCACAACCGGCUACAUUGCCNNAAGUAACAUCGAAUAUCGUAACAUUCAGGUGUCAAACAUUGACAUCUACGGUAUCGACAUUCAGCAAGACUACCUCAAUGGUGGCCCCACUGGCAUUCCCACCAACGGUGUCAUCAUUAAGAACAUCACAAUGUCAAACAUCAGAGGCACUGCUCAGACAAAAGCUCGAGAUUACUAUAUUCUUUGCGGAGAUGGCAGUUGCUCGGAUUUCAGCUUCAAUAACAUCCAUAUCACUGGGGGGACCAACAACUCUUGUAAUGUCAGGCCUACUGGUAACUUCCAGUGUGCU